AGGAGGGGUCCCUUUUGCAAGACGUGCUCACCCGCGAUAGCAGCACUCCCUGGGUGUUGUGUGCACCUUGGGGGAAGGACCUUGCAGACUGAAAGGAACAAAUUCUUCCUUGGGAAGUGGACGGCCGGCUUUUCGCUACUUCUUCAUAGACAUAAAAAAUCAGUAUUUGUUUGGAAACGAAGCAUCACUUAAAAUCCUCUCCAACUCCUAAUUCCAAGGAAUUGAUAACAUUCUCUGAUCAAGAAGAGAAGUGACUGACAGCUGUUAAAAGUAUUCUGGCACUGGUCCCGUUUUUUCCCUCCCUACAUUUGAAGAAACAUGGAGAAAUGGUACUUGAUGACAACUGUGGUCUUAAUAGGACUAACAGUACGGUGGACAGUAUCUCUUAAUUCUUACUCAGGUGCUGGAAAAACCCCUAUGUUUGGUGAUUAUGAAGCUCAGAGACACUGGCAAGAAAUCACUUUUAACUUACCAAUCAAACAAUGGUAUUUUAACAGCAGUGAUAACAAUUUACUAUAUUGGGGAUUGGAUUAUCCACCUCUUACAGCUUAUCAUAGUCUUUUAUGUGCAUAUGUGGCAAAGGUUAUAAAUCCAGAUUGGAUUGCUCUCCAUACCUCACGUGGAUAUGAGAGUCAGGCACACAAGCUCUUCAUGCGUGCAACAGUGUUAAUUGCUGAUUUGCUGAUUUACAUACCUGCAGUGGUUUUGUACUGUUGUUGUUUAAAAGAAAUGUCAACUAAGAAAAAGGUUGCUAAUGCAUUAUGCAUAUUGCUGUAUCCAGGCCUUAUUCUUAUUGACUAUGGACAUUUUCAAUAUAAUUCUGUGAGUCUUGGCUUUGCUCUGUGGGGUGUUCUUGGAGUAUCUUGUCACUGGGACCUGCUAGGAUCACUGGCAUUUUGUUUAGCUAUAAAUUACAAACAGAUGGAACUUUACCAUUCCUUGCCCUUUUUUUGUUUUCUACUUGGCAAGUGUUUUAAAAAAGGCCUCAAAGGAAAAGGGUUUGUGCUGUUGGUUAAGCUGGCGUGCACUGUUGUGGCUUCCUUCGUGCUCUGCUGGCUGCCGUUUGUUACAGAAAAGGAGCAAACCCUGCAGGUUCUAAGGAGGCUCUUCCCAGUGGAUCGUGGAUUAUUUGAGGAUAAAGUAGCCAAUAUUUGGUGUAGCCUAAGUAUCUUUCUGAAGAUCAAGAAUAUUUUGCCACAUCACACCCAGAUAAAAAUCAGUUUUUGUUUUACAUUUUUGAGCCUGCUUCCUGCAUGUAUAAAAUUAAUACUUCAGCCCUCUCCCAAAGGAUUCAGAUAUACUCUGGUUACCUGUGCACUAUCAUUCUUUUUAUUUUCUUUCCAAGUACAUGAAAAGUCCAUUCUCUUAGUAUCAUUACCUGUCUGCUUAGUUUUGAAUGAAAUUCCUUUUAUGUCUACUUGGUUUUUACUUGUGUCGACAUUUAGUAUGCUACCUCUUCUACUGAAGGAUGACCUCCUAAUGCCCACAGUUGUGACAGUGGUGGCAUUUUUUAUAGCUUGUGCAACGUCCUUUUCAAUAUUUGAAAAGACUUCAGAAGAAGAACUGCAGUUGAAAUCCUUUUCCGUUUCUGUUAGGAAAUACCUUCCAUGUUUUACAUUUCUUCCCAGAGUUAUCCAACGUUUGUUUCUUAUGUCAACAAUCACUAUGGUCCUUCUGACAUUAAUGACUGUAACGCUGGAUCCUCCUCAGAAGUUCCCGGACUUAUUUCCUGUUUUGGUGUGUUUCGUGUCCUGCUUGAAAUUCCUGUUCUUCUUGGUUUACUUUAACAUUAUAAUCAUGUGGGAUUCCAAAAGUGGAAGAAAUCAGAAGAAAACCGACUAGCUCUAUCUCCAGACAAAUGUGGAAAUGUUAACAGUGCUAAAAAGUUUUGUGAAGUUUUUGCUACGUAUAAAUAAAAUGAUCAUCUUUGAGUAUUAUGGAGUUAUAGGAAACAAUGAAAAGUCAUUUUUCUCUACACAAAUAAAAGUAUUUGGGGACCAAA